UGGACAGACACCGCUAGCCAACAGAGGGGGUGGCGUUUGAUUCGGUAAAAACCGAGAUUGAACGAACGGACUGUGUAACCGACGAAACUGCCCCUUUAAAUCAGGAAUACAGCGCAUUCGGAGGAGGUGAAGGUUUACAGCUGACCAUCUGACCUGAGGUCACAACCACUCCUGUCCAUCUGACCUGAGGUCACAACCACUCCUGUCAUCUGACCUGAGGUCACAACCACUUCUGUCCAGCUGAGUGACCCAACUCACCUCAUCAGUCCUUUCCCUGCACACACACCUGCCCUACCACGUACACCAGUCUACCAACCCAACACACACCUGCCCUACCUGGUACACCUGGCUACCAACCCAACACACACCUGUCUGGCCCUUGGUGCAGACUGGCCCUCCGAUCUGCACACCAUCCGCUAGUGGGGGAGUGUGUAUUGAUGGAUCAGGAUGUCAACCAAUAACAACAUCGCGCAGGCCAGGAAACUGGUGGAACAACUGAGGAUCGAGGCAGGGAUCGAACGUAUUAAGGUGUCUAAGGCAGCGGCAGACCUGAUGAGUUACUGUGAGCAGCACGCCCGUAACGACCCGCUCCUCGUUGGCAUCCCAACGUCAGAAAACCCUUUCAAAGACAAGAAACCCUGCAUCAUCCUAUAGCUGCACACUCAUCUCUGCACAUCAGACACACACACACACCUCUGCCCACACACACACUCCCACUGGCUGACUCUGCAACAGCCAACAAGGCCCAGCUCUGUCAAGCUAUACAUACAACACACACACACACACACACACACACACACACACACACACACACACACACACACACACAGAAACGAAAUAGCCACUCUGGAAAAGCGCCAUACUCAAUAGCCACAGCUAGGGGGCGGUGUCUGUGUUUACAGACCACAUUGCCACAUUAGUGAUAUUAGCCCUGAGUUGUGUCUCUGUGGUGCUGAGGGUAAGCCUGCACUAACAUGCAGCCCUAACUGAUACUGGUUACUGACUCACCCACAGAGAUAGUGACACUCAAGUGGAGAUGACAGAUUUACUUCAAAAAGGGAUUAGGACAAUUAUCUUAAUAGGAAUCCACAGUCGCCUACAUGAAGUUAUAGGCUGAUGUAUAGCAUGUAUUUUAGUGAAUCAAUGAUUUAUUUAUUCAUUGAUUAAUCGAUUGAUUGAUAGCAGUAUCUGGUGAGGUGGGGGUUUAUGUGUGACCAAUCUGGUGUAAAACCUGGGUCGUUUGUGUGAUACAAGCUGUGUUAGCCCUCUCAGCUAAAGCCUAGCCAUUAGCCAUGGAAGUUAAUAUAAGUCUUCAGGUCUCAGGCAUGGUUACCCAUCACUAAACCACCGUGGCUAUACACGGUGUGUUUGUUAGCCAUAUAGUGGCUGACUUGCCACUGACUUGCUAAGUAUCACAAUGGGGAUGGCCCCUUCCUGAAACCUUGGGUCAACGGUAAUGUCAGUGUUUCCACAAGACAUUGUGUUUUUGUGAACAUGGCAUUGUAAACACUGAGCAGGUUGGUACAUGCUGCAUAUGUACCCACUGUGUUUAAACCCGGAUCAUCUGCAAUGCCACAAGACUGUGUUAGCCCACUGAGCUAAAGCAUAGGCUACAUACACUCCCACUCUAGCGACGGUUAUCGAUCAACAGUGUUACUGCUUUGGUUUUGAUUUCUUGGUCAGUGGGUUUUCUAUAGGCCAAAACUCCAGCUGUGUCGACUUGUGGAGUAAGUUGCCCCUAUAUACUGAUCUAAGAUCAGUCUUGUGUUUUCCCUCUAAUGGUAAAGGUUAGGAUUUAGAGAGGGUCAUCUGAUGCUAGAUCUGUCUAAAAGGCUGAGUUUACACAGGCAGCCUAAUUCAGAUCUUUGUCCACUAAUUGGUCUUUUGGCCAAUCAGAUCAGCUCUUUUUCCCAAUAAUUGGGCAAAAGAUUAGAAUUUUGCUGCCCGUGUAAACACAGCCUAAUGAAACUUCUAUCUUGAGUACUGACGAGUACUGAGAGGCUAACUGUUCAAGUUUUUAACCCCAGAAGUAUAUAUAUAGUACAUAUAUAUAUAUAUAUAAUAUAUGUUUUUUUAAUUACUUAUCGUUUCAAUAUUUUGUCAAUUUAUUGCCAUAUAGUUAGCAGAUACUGUAGGUUUCCAUUCACUCCUUAACUUACACUUGAGUCAAAAGUUUACCUUAACCACAGAUCUAGGAUCAGAUUAUCAUCCCCAAUCUUAACUUGAAUCAUAAGGGGGGUGUACAAAUAUCUGAUCCUAUAUCAGUGGUUAGAUACGUCACUAGUUCUGACAAUGAGAGCAAGCAUCAAUUCUUGGGCUUUGCUUAUUGGCUCAUCGUGUGUUCUAUUGAGGAACAAGAGCGAAUUACAAAGUGGUGUCCCGUGUCCCCACCUCCACAGUCCUAUUCCUCUACUCCCAAACCAAACUUGAUUGUAAAAAAUGUAAAAGACACUAGAGAAAAUAAAAACAAAAGUGUAUAAACUUUCUUUAAGCCAUGUGCAGAAGUGAUAUGUUUUGAGAGUAGCUGUUUUGGGUUUGGUUUGAGUUUCUUUCUAAAUGGAAGCAGGUCGGUCGAGUAUUAUUAUCGAACUGUACAGUGUUUGUAAGAUAAAACCUAGGCCAGAAAUCAAUCAAAGUGCAUUAAACUUUUUCCACCCCAAAAAAACAAAAUGCGCUUUAAUUGAAUGUCAGCCUGUUGCAGAAUCUUUUCUGUGGAUGUUCAAUUUUUGCGUAAAUGUUUCCCUUCUGUCAGAAUUUUGUCUGUUUCCUCAUUCAGCUUGAGGCAGGUUCUCUCACACACACACACACACACACACACACACACAAUCCCCUAGUGACUAAAUGGGGAGCCAACCACAUCUACAAAGCAGUGAAGUGGCCGUACUCAUAGCAUAGCUUCUUAUACACAGGCACAGCACUGUGAGAAACAAACUUGAACCAUUAAAUCACUGUCUCUCUCUCACACGCACACAGACAGACACACACACAGUUUCCUAAUGUCUUUUAAAAGUGAUUAUCUGAGGGAGAUUAUUGUUAUUCCUUAAUUCAUUCAUUCCACGGACGGUUAUUUUGAUUGAUUGGUUGAUUGAUGGUUUGCCUUGUUGUGGUGUAUUGUGUUGUAUGCUGGUUAGGACCAGGAGUUUUACCUGGUCAAGUCACAUGGUCAGGAACAACAUUCUAGCCCUAGACUUAAGAAUAGUUGAGAGUAUUUGAGUGAACAGUCUUAAAAGAGGACACAACGCUCUAGAAUGGAAGUCUUGUGGUGCUCCCAUUCCCACAUCAUUCACUAUAGCUGAUCUAGGUCAGUUUCAAGUUUUCUCCCCCUAAAGAUUAUGUCAGGAUUUGGGGAAUGGAAUCUGAUCAUAGGUCUUACCCAGAGCAGAACGCUAGAACCCUAAAACAAAUUUCUGUCCCUAAGACACUGAUCUCAGGUCAGUUUUACCUGGACUCAUCAUUGUGUUUUUCUCUCCUGUGUAUACAUAUACAGUAUGUAUCUCUGGUAACGCUUUGUUUUUACAGUCUCCUUUAACUUGGUAUUUGCUUAUAAAUAACAUGGUAAAAACAUGUGUUUCGUUGCAAGCGAGGACUAUUUGGUCCCAGGUUGAAAGUCCCCAUUGUUACCACAAUGUGUUCCUUCCGGCUGGGACAGGGACUGUAAAGUCAAGCGAGGACUAUUUGGUCCCAGGUUGAAAGUCCCCAUUGUUACCACAAUGUGUUCCUUCCGGCUGGGACAGGGACUGUAAAGUCAAGCGAGGACUAUUUGGUCCCAGGUUGAAAGUCCCCAUUGUUACCACAAUGUGUUCCUUCCGGCUGGGACAGGGACUGUAAAGUCAAGCGAGGACAAUUUGGUCCCAGGUUGAAAGUCCCCAUUGUUACCACAAUGUGUUCCUUCCGGCUGGGACAGGGACUGUAAAGUCAAGCGUUACCGUAUCUUUCUGCCUUGAUUAAUUGUGAAUGAUCAGUUAUUGAUUAUGAAGGAAAUAUAAUAUCUAUUUUUUUGUAUCUGGUCGCUCUGAUGUGCCAUAACUCAUGUUUUCUUGCACACUGUUCAUAUUUUACAGUUAAAUACUUUACUGUUCAUAUUUUACAGUUAAAUACUUUACUGUUCAUAUUUUACAGUUAAAUACUUUACUGUUCAUAUUUUACAGUUAAAUACUUUACUGUUAAGACUUUACUGUUAAUAUUUUUUGUGGAUAUUGCUGUUAAAAAAAAGAUGAUAUUGAAAAAGUAGACAACAUGAAUAAAAAUAUAAUAACGCCC